AUUGGCUGACCGCUACCACAUGACUAACGGUCGCGGGAAGUACGUUAGCACUGAGUCGCGCGUGACAAACGUUGGGAGUUAAAAGAGCCUUUUUCACCUCUCUUAUUUUUCCCCAUUUUUUUUUAAACGGUGUUUUGUCGUUUGUGGCCUAUUCAGUUUAUGUCAGAGACCGAGCAGGUUGAGCUGCCGGUCCGGAGGGAGAUACCCGUCGUAGGCGGGUAGGUUAUUUUUCUUCGUGCCUUUUUCGUCGCAUUCGGUCGAUGACGACUUCAACGUGGUGGGCUGGAGUUUAAAAACAACAUAGCCUUUUCUGGGCUAGCGGAAUCUACUUUAGACCUUUUUUUUAAGGUAGUGACUAAUAUACCUUAAUUCAAAGUAGUUUAGGACUGAACCUUUCUGUAUUUUUGUAGGAAUAGUUGCUUGCUUGAUUAUUUUUCGAUAUCAAGUUUCUAUCGAGGCAGAAAACUUGGCUAGCAUGUCGAGUUACGAUAGCCGUUGGCACAACUGCCCGUCGCCCAAAACCCGACCCGUCCGUCAGAAACUCAAUUUUACGGCUAGCGACGGCGAGGAUGACACGAUUGAGGACGUCAACGAGUCGGGCUUCAACGAACUGGAUUCCCCGCAUGCUAUGCGAACCAGCUCGGUAGGCUGUGACGAUGGUAGUGGAAGCCCCGGAACGAGGCAGGCUUUCGGGGACGAGAUGUGGGUGGAAGAGGGUUUUGGCUCUCCGUCCCACUUGAUCUCCCCGUGCUCAGAGCUCUUUGCAGUCUGCACGCCGUCUGUGAAGAAGGCACCACGUUUGCAUUCCGCUACACCGGUGCGGUCGUACAGCCGAGCCAGAAAGGAUGAAUCCGGCUCGCCGAUCCGCUCAUGCCCCGACACACCUCCUCACAAAACUCUGAGAAAGCUACGACUUUUUGACACACCGCACACGCCUAAGAGCCUUCUGUCCCGCGUGAAGGAGUCCAGCUUGAAGGGCCCUUUAUUCAAUUCGGCAGAGCAUAAAGUGAUUCUGCCAAGACCUCUCACAGACAGUGGCAAGAGACUUCAUACGCCUGCAGUCAACAUCAACCCCUUCACCCCUGACUCCCUGCUCAUCCAGUCGGCCACACAGCAAAGCAACAACAGAAAGAGGCCACACCGGAACGUCUCUAAUGGUGAAGACAGGGAGGAUAGUGAUGGCGAGGACGAAGAGCAAAUCCUGCCACCAUCCAAGAGGAUCACCAUGAUGGAGAGCAGCAUGAUGUCACGCUACGUCUCUGAGUUUCUGGAGUUGGAGAAGAUUGGCUGUGGCCAGUUUGGCGCUGUUUACAAGUGUGUAAAGCGAUUGGACGGCUGUCUCUAUGCAAUCAAGCGCUCCAAGAAGCCCUUGGCUGGAUCGGUGGAUGAGCAAAAUGCUCUGCGCGAGGUGUACGCUCACGCUGUGCUCGGCCAGCACCGGCACGUAGUACGCUACUACUCUGCAUGGGCGGAGGAAGGCCACAUGCUGAUCCAGAACGAGUACUGCAACGGCGGCACACUGGCAGACGUGAUGGCCGACAACGCCCGGUGCUUCGCCCGCUUUUCAGAGCUGGAGCUGAAAGACCUGCUUCUACAGGUGGCCCGUGGACUUAGGUACAUCCACUCCAUGUCAUUGGUGCACAUGGACAUCAAGCCCAGUAACAUCUUCAUUUCUCGCAAGUCUGUCAGCAGCUGUGAUGAGGGCGAUGAUGAGGAUAUGCUCAACACAAGUGUGGUCUACAAAAUAGGUGAUCUUGGCCAUGUGACGCAAGCCAACAAUCAUCAAGUCGAGGAAGGUGACAGCAGAUAUUUGGCCAAUGAAGUUCUUCAAGAGGACUGCAGCAACCUGGCCAAGGCCGACAUCUUCGCCCUAGCACUGACAGUAGUGAGCGCAGCCGGAGCGGCGCCUCUUCCCAGCAAUGGUGACAGUUGGCACGAGAUCCGGCGGGGGAAACUCCCUGCUGUACCCCAAGUGCUCUCACCAGAGUUUCUCAGCCUCCUUACGUUGAUGAUUCACCCUGACCCCACCGAACGUCCUUCUGCCACUGACCUCAUCCGCCACCCGGUGCUGCUGACAGCAACCAAGACUAGCGCUGAUCAACUGCGAGUGGAAAACAAUGCUCUCAGAUGCAAGAAUGCCCUGUUGGAAAGGGAGCUGCAGAAGGCUCAGCUGGCGAGAGCCUCCAUUGGGGAGACGGGAAAUGGAAGCAGCACCUCCAGGCUUAUUGGGAAGAUGAUGAGUCGCUCUGUUAGCCUCAACAUUUUCUGAACUCUUUCGUGUACAUAUGUUUGAAGAAAGUUAAUGUUCCUUCACUCGUUGCCAUGUAGCGCUUGUACAAAGUUAUUUAAUAAAAGUGUUCUAUGUUCUUUUUGUCACUAUGUCCAAUUGGGUUUUUCAUCCGUUGUAAAUUGUUGACCUAUGGGAACACGGAUACGUCAAGCAGCUGUCGGCAUAACAUACAAAAACUGAACAAAUGCUGUCAGAGCAUAAGUCUUUAUCAAAAUGCAACAUUUUCACUUUUUAGGCUGACUGCAACAUUUUUGACUUCAAGGAUAUCAAACAAGUCUGUUUUUGUUUUUUGCACUGCUGAAGCAGUUAAACUUGACGGGGAAAAUAGUAGCAAUGCAAAAUCGUAUACCAAACAAAUGUGUUGCCAACCUGGGUGUACUGUAUUUGUCUUGAAAGCAAACUUUUUGGAAAAUACUUCCUUACCUGCUGUUGGUUGCAAUAUCUCUCGUUUUAAAGAGAUGCACUUACUAUAAAGCUGCUAAUUUAAAAGGAAAAUUGUAUAAUUUUGCAUCCAUCUCAUUUUUGUUUUUGAA